AAGUGAGCGACUCCUAAAUCAGAUUUGCACUAAUUAAAAAAAAAAAAACGUUCAUAUUUUUGAAGGACCUGGCAACCCAGUAGCCCAUCAGCCAUUCACAGUUCACCUGGCACUUAGUUUGUGAAGACGCCCAAACUAACACUUAAGUGGUUGAAACACCCGCCCUCGUUUUAGCGCAAAUGCGUGUGUUUUGACCAUUUUUGCUUCUGCACAUUCUUUAUCUAAUUAACAACCCCAGUAUGGAUUUCACAAGGAAUUGCAUAUCUGUUGCUGGAGUGUGUUAAUUUGUUAACAAAGACAGCGCGAUAUCCCCUCCGGAGUCUCAUAGGUUAUUUUAAGAGAUGGGGCGAGAGAAAGAGGCCAAAGAAGAUGGGAAGACCACGGAUAAAGUCAUCAAACUGAGCAACGAGCUAGCAGGUGACACUGCAAAGUCAACAAAAUCAAGAGCGAAAACUCGGAAUGGACAAGUCCAGAAGAAGCAGGUGAAACCACCACAGGCUGAGAUGCUGAAAUCACCCAACAGUAACAGGGAGCCAGAAGACAGCGACUUCACCACAAAGAAGAAAGGAGUGAAAAGAAAACUCAUCAAAGAUGAACCUGCAGAGGCUCCCACCAGUGACACAUUAAACUCAAAUAAGAAAAGAAGACAACAUUUAGUGAAAGAAGAAAACGAGGCUCCGAAAAAGAGGACCAAAAAGAAAGCUGAGCAGUUUAUUUCUCGACACGGGGUGAAGAAAGAGGAAGAAGAGCAACGGGUCUCAAAAGCGUCAAAGAAGACAAAAGACGAGAUUAAGGAGGCAAGACUGUUGAAGAUCAAAAAGAAGGAAGAGGAGGAACAGAAUCGCUGGCGAUGGUGGGAGGAAGCAAAGUAUGAAGACGGGGUAAAAUGGAGGUUUCUGGAACACAAGGGACCCUACUUUCCACCUGAGUACCAGCCUCUACCAGACAAGGUUCACUUCUACUACAAUGGUAAGCCAGUGAAGCUGAGCCUGGCAGCUGAGGAGGUGGCUGUGUUCUUUAGCCAGAUGUUAGAUCAUGAAUACACCACUAAAAAGGUUUUCCAGGAGAACUUCUUUAAAGAUUGGAGGCAGGAAAUGACGGACGAGGAGAGAUUGUUGAUUCGACAUCUUGAAAAAUGUGAUUUUGGAGAGAUUCAUGCCAUGCAUAAAGCCAAGGUGGAGGAAAGAAAAAACAUGAGCAAGCAAGACAAAUUGAUAUUAAAAGAGGCCAAUCAGAAGAUAAUAGAGGAGUAUGGCUACUGUCUGUUGGACCACCACAAAGAACGUAUCGGCAACUUCAAGAUUGAGCCUCCAGGGCUGUUCAGGGGUAGAGGAGAGCAUCCUAAACAGGGCAUGCUGAAGAAAAGGAUCCAGCCUGAAGAUGUCAUCAUCAACUGCAGCAAAGAAGCAAGCACCCCUGUGGCUCCUGCUGGUCAUCGCUGGAAGGAGGUUCGGCAUGACAACUCUGUGACAUGGUUGGCCAGUUGGACUGAGAACAUCCAGGGAGCAAUUAAAUAUGUCAUGCUUAAUGCCAACUCCAAACUCAAGGGAGAGAAGGACUGGGAGAAAUACGAGGUCGCUCGCAAACUUAAGACGUGUGUUGAUGCCAUUCGUAAACAGUACCUUACGGAUAUGAAAUCCCGAGAGAUGCGUGUUCGACAAAGAGCUGUGGCCCUCUACUUCAUAGAUAAGCUGGCGCUGAGAGCUGGUAAUGAAAAGGAGGAGGGUGAGACGGCGGACACAGUGGGCUGCUGCUCGCUACGGGUAGAGCACAUCACGCUUCACAAGGAGCUGGAUGGCAACACGUGUGUGGUGGAAUUUGAUUUCCUGGGUAAAGAUUCCAUUCGCUAUUACAACAAGGUCCCUGUCAUCAGCAAGGUAUUUAAAAACCUUAAGCUCUUCAUGGAGAGCAAGGACCCUGGAGAUGAACUUUUUGACCGCCUCAAUACCACCUUGAUGAACAAGCAUCUGAGUGCCCUCAUGCCGGGUCUCACUGCAAAGGUCUUCAGGACAUACAAUGCCUCCAUUACACUGCAACAGCAACUCAAAGAACUCACGAGUGGGUCCGAUAAUGAAGUGGAGAAGCUGCUAUCCUACAACAGAGCAAACCGAGCGGUUGCAAUUCUGUGCAACCACCAGCGGGCGCCACCAAAGACCUUUGAGCAGUCUAUGGCUAACCUUCAGACCAAGAUUGAUGGCAGAAAGGAGCAGCUGGCGCUUGCCAAGACGGAGUUGAAGCAGGCCAAGAAGGAUGCCAAGACUAAAGACAACUCCGACUCCAAGUUGACUAAGCUAGUGGAGCGGAAGAAAGCAGCUGUAAAGCGCUGUGAGGACCAACUCCUAAAGCUGGAGGUCCAGGCCACUGACCGAGAGGAAAACAAGCAGAUUGCAUUGGGCACCUCAAAGCUUAACUACCUGGAUCCACGCAUCAGUGUGGCUUGGUGUAAAAAAAUGGGGAUACCUAUUGAAAAGAUCUACAACAAGAGCCAAAGGGACAAGUUUGCCUGGGCCAUUGAGAUGACCGAGGAGGACUUUGAGUUCUAACUUCCCACUUGUUUUUUUAAUUGCUGUAAUGCAAUUAACAACCUAUCUGCUGUUAUGUAAACCCAUGUUCACAUGUUUUUGAUGUUUCAUGCAGUUGUGACAUAAUCAAGCUCUAGUAUUUGACAUUUUUUUGAUGCUUUUCUGUUUAGCACUUCAUUUGUAAGGUUACUGUUGUGUAUUUUCUUUAUGCCGUUUUAUGUUUGCAUUUAUUUGAAUAAA